AGAAAUGUUAUAAAAACUUCUAUUAAUAAAUGAUAAAUAUGAAUUUUCUUCUUUCUAAACUGAUUUGUACUUUUUUUUUUUUUUACACACAGUCUGAUGCACUGAUGACAUCAGCGAUGCUCGGCACCGGCCCCUCCCCCACCGUCCCUAAUCCGCUGGAGGUUCUGUUGGUGAUGAGUAACCAGAGCUCAGGGCAGACAGAGGGCGCUGUCGCAGGGAGUAAAGACAGUUUCUCAAACGCUCUGACCAAGAACAUCGUGGCCAUGUCAGUUUGGCUGAUGCUCAGCAUCAUCAACAGCAGUAUGGUGCGCACGUUUCUCAGACACAGCAUCUUCUACGAAAACCCACGCUACAUCAUGUUCAUCUGCAUGGUGAUGAACGACGCCCUGCAGCUCACUCUGGUCACUGCUCUCUACGUCCUCAGCUACAUCUUCAGGAAGAUCCACGCCUCCGUCUGCUGCCUGCUGAUUAUGACAGCAGUGCUGACCACACGGUCAACGCCGCUCCUCUUGGCGGGCAUGGCUCUGGAGCGCUACAUCGCCAUCUGCUUCCCGCUGCACUACAGCCAGAUGUGCACGGUCCAGCGCACAACGGUGUUGAUCGGCCUGAUCUUCGCGCUGACGUCGGCCCCACCCAUCACCGACCUUCUGAUCACCUUGGUGAGGGAACCGCCGACCUUCUUCCACUCGGCCAUCUUCUGUGACCACUCCCUGCUCUUCAGAGAUCGAUCCAUCUACUACAAAAACUGUGUGUUUGACGGGACGUACCUGUCCUGUGUCACCCUCACCCUGCUCUACACCUACUGCAAGAUCAUGCUAACUGCAAAGGCCGCAUCCGCGGGCCUAGCAUCUGUAAAGAGGGCCAGAAACACUGUGCUGCUGCAUGGAGUCCAGGUAGGCCGUGUAGAAUUGGAGUGAAAAUAAGAUGUAAGUGAAAAGCAGAUGGAAGUUAUUGAGUUAAAAAGUAUCACUUCAUAUACAGUAUAUAGCUACACAUGAAAAUCGAAUCGAAUUCAGUCAAAAGCUAAGAGCUAAUCGGUGAAAUGUUCACACAUGUUCAAGUUCACCUACGGAACGGAAAUGACAGCAGGAGGCAGCAGCGCACCUGAUGUUUCUCAAAACUAAAAAUGACUGAUUUUCUCUAGGGACUUUGGUCUGAGCUAAAAUCAUUGUUUUCUCUAUGG